CUGUUUGUCACGGGCAUCAAAUUGUUGGAACACAAAGCUUAUAAAAGCUUGAUGAUUUUUGUUCAACAACUAGUCCACUUACCCAAAAAAAUAUCUGAUCGACCAAAAGGCUCACAAUUUAUUCACACGGAUGAUUUUUUUAAGGUACGCAUAGAUUUUAUGUAGCUUCGAUUUUUGGGCUCUAAGUAUGCAGGUUGACAGAUCUAACGUUGUAACUCUAAUGUAAGUUUAGAGUGACUAAUUUACGUUCUAUAAUAGUCAAUCAUUUCAAUAUAUCAGAUCAAAGUUGAAGAAAAUUGAGUAACAGUAAAGUUUUAUCAAACCGUUUGAUUUGAAAAGAGAAAAUUGUAGUAAUGCUCUCUCAACUUUAACUAAUAAGGGAAGCAAUGGUCCCUCAACAAAAAAUCAUUUUAUCAUUGGUCCCUUAACUGAUCAAAACGUGUAACUAUGGCUCCUUUUGUCAAUUUCGUCAGAAUUCCAUUAAAAUGAGUCAUGUUGGAAUGAACAUUUUUACAAUUGGGUUAAAGUUAAGGGACUACUUCUCUAAUUGAAUUAAAGUUGAGGGACUUUUUCUACAAUUUUUCACAUUUGGAUUUUAUAUUUGCCCAUUGGUUCAGCCUCACUCGCAUGACACGUGACUCAUUUUGAAGGAAGUUUCAACGGAAUUGAUGAAAAAAACUAUCACUGUACGUUUUGAAGGAAGUUGAAAGACCAUUGAUACAAUUUACUUAUUUGAAAACCCCAAAAUACGAUGACAAAAGUCACCUCAUCAUUUGUUGGGCCUAUAACGGACAUGACCCAACAUAAUGGUAGAUCGACCCGAUCCAUAUCGGACAUGACCUUUUAACGAUUGGGCCUGAUUCAAAUACUUCAUGUCUCGAUCCAAAUUCGUAAAUUGUCAUCCAGUCUUCGCGCCGCCGCCGUCAAAAGCGCCUCCGCUAAGUAUCACCACUCAUAGACAGCAACGGCGACGGCAAAAAUACACCGAAUCAGAAGGAGAAAAGCAAUUGCACGACAAGCAAUCAGCCGAGGAGGUAGCUACUCCUUGUGUUUGAGUUCAAUUCAUACUUUUUCCCGCGAAAUUCUUGUGUGAUGUAUGGCGACCCGAAUCUGUUUGAUGAAAUGCCUCAGAGAGUUUAGACCAAAUGUCAUAGCUUGAAUUUUUCUGCUAAUUGAUUCAUAUUGUUCGUGGGUAGUUUUGUUUUGAUUCGGAGAUUUUCGUGGAACCGUUUAUUGUGCAAAUUGAAGCUUAAUUUGGAGUGGGUGAUAUUGCCAUUACUGAGAGAGAGUUGGUGCGAAGAAUGGGAAGUAAAACUUUGUUCAAAUGGUCGAAUCAAAUCACGACUUCACAAGUUGGGCAGCUGAUAAAAGCUGAAAAGGACUUGCAGAAAGCUGUUCUCGUAUUCGAUUCGGCAACAGCCGAGUACACCAAUGGUUGGCAUGAUCACACCACAUUUGGUCUCAUGGUCUCUCGGUUAGUCUCCGUGAACCAGUUCAGGUCCGCAGAGGCGUUACUUGAUAGGAUGAGAGAGGAGAAGUGUAGUGUUACUGAAGAUAUAUUCCUCUCUGUUUGCAGAGGGUACGGCCGCGUUCACAGGCCGCUGGAUGCCGUGAGGGUCUUCCACAAGAUGGAGGACUUUCAGUGUAAACCAACCCAAAAAACUUACAUUACCAUACUUGGCAUUCUUGUUGAAGAAAACCAGUUAAAGAUUGCUUUCAAGUUCUAUAAGUAUAUGAGAGAAACUGGCAUUCCAGCUAGUGUUAUUUCGCUUAAUAUUUUGAUCAAAGCCCUUUGUAAGAACAGUAAUUCUAUGGAUUCAGCUCUUCGAAUAUUCCGCGAGAUGCCCAAUAAGGGGUGCACCCCAGAUUCGUAUACGUAUGGUACUUUGAUCAAUGGAUUGUGUAGGAUGGGAAAGAUUGGGGAAGCAAAGGAGCUAUUCAAGGAGAUGGGAACAAAAGGUUGUUUGCCCUCUGUUGUUACUUAUACUUCCUUGAUACAUGGUUUGUGUCAAUCUAAGAACUUGGAUGAGGCUAUGGAAUUGUUUGAAGACAUGUCAAGCAAAGGUAUUACUCCAAACGUGUUUACUUACAGCUCUUUGAUGGAUGGGUUUUGCAAGGGUGGGCGUUCUGGACAAGCAAUGGCACUAUUAGACUUAAUGGUUAGCAAGCGCCAUAAGCCGAACAUAAUCACAUAUAGUACUUUGCUUCAUGGACUCUGUGAAGAAGGAAAGCUUCAAGAAGCUACAGAGAUUCUUGACAGGAUGAAGCUUCAAGGCUUGAAACCAGAUGCAGUUUAUGGGAAAGUAAUAAGUGGAUUUUGCAAUGUAUACAAGUUCAAGGAAGCUGCAAACUUUCUUGAUGAGAUGGUCCUUGGUGGAGUUACGCCUAACAGAUUAACCUGGGGCCUUCUUGUUAGGAUUCAUAAUGCAGUGGUCCAGGGCUUGUGUAGCAACGGUGAUCAAAACCAAGCUUUUCAACUGUAUCUUAGCAUGCGUACCAGGGGUAUCUCAAUUGAUAUGAAGACUUUUUAUAUUUUAGUGAAAUGUAUAUCUCAGAAAGGAGACCUGCACAAAGCUUAUCGAAUUGUUGAAGAGAUGGUGCUUGAUGGAUGUGUCCCCGAUGAGGGAAUAUGGAGUGCCAUGGUGAAUGGUUUUUGGAAUCGAAAGAAGGUGCGUGAACCUGCUGAGUUGUUGCAGGCUGAGCUGAUGACUGAAGUGGUUGAGCCUGAGACACUAAUCUGAAAGUUGUGGGCUAGAAGAUGUACUGCAAUCUUUGGCACAUAAGAUAAGAGAAAUCAUUAUCUCAAGCGUUUCUUAGUCGGUACCUCAAAUGAUAUUCGUAAUUAUUCGAUUAAGAGUUGAGAUGUUUAAAAGUUCUCUUUCAAUGUGCUAUGGACUUUUGAACUGGAAUUUACAAACAAAGAGAAUCAUCAUAUGACCAGCAUUUACAGAUCUUGGAGGAAGCCGGGAUGGAAGAAAGAAUAAUUAAGGUUGUAUGUGCGGGGUUUUACAGUUUUAAGUAGCAUGCAGGCAAA